CAUACAUGUCUCCCAACACAUCAAGUCUGCUGCAGGGAUCAUAACACAGCACAAAAGAAAAUAAAAAAAAAACUACGCCGGUAACUAUUAUGGGUUGUUGCAUCUCCGCCACAGCCACUGCCACCACCGACAAGAAAAAUGAGCCUGACUCCGGAAAGAACACAGCAAUGCCUCUAGCAGCCGUUGUCGAGGAAGAGACAGUAGUCAAAGAAGUCUUGUCCGAAACCACAUUGGUAACUUCACUAAACGACAAUUCGGCAAUGGAAACGACGACAAACAAGGUUCCAGAGAAGGAGGAGGAGAAGAAACCCGGAGCUGUCAUCGCUGAUCCAGACCCGGUUUUAACCGAGAACGGUUCGGUUGAACCGGGGAAAGGAUCGGAGGUCUCGGAAGUCUGCAGUUUGAGCGAGAGUUUGCUUUCUAUCGUGAGUGGUGGGUACGACGAGGAAGAAGGGAAACAGAGGAAGCUGGUGGGAGUGAGACAGAGGUCUCCGGCGAAAUAUCGGGACCGGGUCAUGGCUAAUAACUACCCGACCCGGAGAACCGACAUGUCUCCACGUAAGAGAAACACCGAAGGAGGAGAAGGAGCUGGUGGCUCGGUGAGGCUGGUGCCAUCGGGAACGGGUCAGAGAGACCAGAGUGGAAGGUCAGAGAGGAGGAGGUCCAGGUCGCCGGCCACCAACAGGCCCGUCGUGGUGGGUCCGAGUCGGAAUCAUUAUGCAACAAGUACGGACAAUGGUGUAGCAAUGGUGAAAAGAGGUCAGUCUCCGGGCCGGGUGAGACCUAAUCCGAAUAAAAACGGGUCGGAGCAAGAUUGUCAUCGUCAGUGGCCGAGUCAGAAUGAUUAUUCUACCUCUAAUGAUUCGUUUGAAAAUCCUCUUGUGUCGUUAGAGUGUUUUAUUUUUCUAUGAGAUUAUUAUUAUGAAGAAGAAUAUUCCGGGGAAGAAUAAUUCAACCGAUUUUAAUCCAAGUAGUAGCUUGUUUAGCUUUGUAUUGGUUUUAUAUCUUCAAGUUAUUUAUCUAAAAAAAAAGUUAUUUAUCUACUCUCA